UACCAUGUGUUCUGAUUUCUGAUGUGUAUUCGCACAAAUUCUGUGUGUUAUACAAAUUAAAAGUAAAGAAAGUAAAAAUAAAAUAAAUAAUAAUGACAAAUAAGAAAAAGGUGAAGGCCUAUACGAAAAGGAAACAUAUACCGGAGAGUAAAAUAAUUGAGGAGCUACGCUCUAAAUAUGACACUAUAAAUUUUACCAAAACGACAAAAUUCAGCGACCUUCCCUUAUCAAGAAUAACUCUCAAGGGUUUGGUGGAAAAUAAUUAUAUCGAUAUGACGGACAUCCAAAGGCAAAGCAUUGGCCUGGCUUUGCAAGGCAAUGAUAUUUUAGGAGCUGCAAAGACAGGCAGCGGCAAGACAUUGGCUUUCCUUAUCCCAGUUUUAGAAAUUUUAUACUGCAAACAAUGGACAAGAUUAGAUGGUGUAGGCGCAUUAAUUAUUACACCAACGAGGGAACUGGCUUAUCAAAUUUACGAGACACUACGAAAAGUUGGUCGGUACCAUGAUGUUUCAGCUGGUCUGAUUAUAGGAGGAAAGGAUCUGAAAUUUGAGAGAAAACGCAUGGAUCAAUGCAACGUAGUUAUAUGCACACCGGGACGUUUGCUCCAGCACAUGGAUGAAAAUCCGUUAUUUGAUUGUGUAAAUAUGCAGAUAUUAGUGUUGGAUGAAGCAGAUCGUUGUUUAGACAUGGGCUUUGAAAAGACCAUGAAUUGUAUUAUUGCAAAUUUGCCACCUAAACGACAGACUUUGCUCUUCUCGGCGACUCAGACAAAAUCUGUAAAAGAUCUAGCAAGAUUAAGCCUCAAGGAUCCAUUAUAUGUGUCUGUCCACGAAUAUUCUACGCAUACCACACCGGAAAAUCUGCAACAAAAUUACAUUGUAUGUUCCUUAGAAGAUAAAAUGGCAAUGCUGUGGUCCUUCAUACGAAAUCAUCUAAAGCAAAAGAUUAUUGUGUUCUUUUCCAGCUGUAAACAGGUGAAAUACAUAUACGAGGUAUUUUGUCGCUUACGUCCUGGUGUCAGUUUAUUAGCUCUCUAUGGUACACUUCAUCAAAUGAAAAGAAUGAGUAUUUAUGAAUCAUUUUGCAAGAAACAAUAUGCUGUCUUAUUUGCCACUGAUAUUGCAGCUCGUGGAUUAGACUUUCCUGCUGUAAAUUGGGUACUUCAAAUGGACUGUCCAGAAGACGUCAAUGCCUAUAUACAUAGAGCAGGUAGAACUGCUAGAUUUCAAAGUGGUGGCGAGUCUCUCUUAGUUUUGCUGCCAUCUGAAGAGGGGAUAAUUGAAAAGCUUAAACAAUGUAAAAUACCAAUAAAUAUGAUAAGAAUCAAUCCAAGCAAGCUACAGUCGCCACAUCGUAAACUUGAAGCUUUAUUAGCGCAAAACAUAGCUUUGAAAGAAACGGCUCAGAGAGCUUUUAUAGCAUAUAUCAAAUCAGUUUUUCUAAUGAAAGAUAAAGAGAUCUUCAAUGUGCAUGCUUUAGACACAGAUGCAUAUGCCAAAUCAUUAGGAUUAGCUAUUCCUCCAAGAAUCCGAUUCUUGCAAAGAAUGCAAAAGAAAAUGUCAGCUGAUAAUAACAUUAAGAUUGAAGAUGAAGAGACAAAUAAAAUACCAACCAAUUUAGCAGAUGAUAGCGAACAGGAAGAUGACGAAGGCAGUUCUGACACAAGUGACAUCCCCAAUACUACUAAUGAAAAGAAACAAAAUGACAAGAAAGAUCUUUCUUCUCUUCAGCUUGAUGAUAGUGAUGAUGAUGACAUAUUAACUAUAAAGAGGGAGAAUAUAGAUCUCGUCGACAUACCAAUAACAGAAAAAGAUGAUAAGAUUGCAAAUAAAAAGAAAGUCAUUACGAAGGCUGCGUUGGCCAAAAAGAUUCUUAGAAAGAAGAUCAUACCUAAUAAGAAGAUUACAUUUGAUGAUGAGGGACAAGAAUUAAUCGAUUCUACCAAAUCGAAAAUGUCAACAUUAGCUCGGCAGUACGAAAAUGAAGUCGAUUCUGGUAUUAAUAUUGAAAUAGCUAAACAAAUCAUGCGCGAGGAGGAUCAAUUUGAUAAAAAGCGAUUCAGAGAAAAGAUUAGAGAAAAGCAUAGAGAGGAAAAGAGGAAAUUAAAAGCUAAGAAAAAGAAAGCAAAUGACGAAGAGGAGAAAGAUGUUUCUCUGCCUAAUGAAGAAGUAGAUGGCAAUGAAGAAGAUGACGUCAGCGAAGAUGAAUCUGGUGAAGAUCCAGACAUUUCAUGGCUACCUGACCCAGAUAAAAUAUAUGGCAAGCAACGAAAUACAGGUGAAAAGGCAUCAUCCGCCAACGAAUCUGAGGAAAACGAGUCUGAAAAAGAAAGUGUGGUUCACAGGCCGUCCAAAAGAAAAUUAGUGACACAAGAAGAGUAUAAGAAGACAAAGAAAAGACAGAAAGUAUCAAACAUUACUGAUUUACAGGCCGAUGAAGAAUUAGCUUUGCAAUUAUUACGGAAUUAAUUCAAGUAUUUUUUAGAAAUGUAAAUUUACAUUUUAUUCAUAUGAACAUGGCAUAUAUAUAUGUACAG